GCAUGUCAAAGUAAUCGUGACUGCAUUGGAUCAGCAUUCAAUGCAAAAGGGGCAAUGCAAUGCCCUAAUUGCCGGAAGAUAGAGAAAGGCCGCUGGCUUUAUGCAACUGGACAACGUCCAUCUCCUGAUAUUGAUAUAGGUGGCUGGGUGACUGGUGAAACCUAUGACAUUGCUUCUGAUCUUCCAUUUGGAUUUCAGUGGUGCCCUUUUAAUGGAUUCACACAACUAGCAUCCGUUUUUGAGGAGGGUGAAGCGGAGCCACCGUCUUAUCAUACAGUCGCAGACCAUUCGAGUGCUGCAAGCAGUUCACUUGUUUGUCCUUAUCUUUCACUGCGUGGUUUUCUCCAUCCCGUGCAUGUGCCUCUUGGUUCAAAUUCUGGUGCUGAAGGCGCUUCAUUUCAUCGCCAUCCAACUAGCUUGGAAGGCCAUGCAGCUCCUGAUUUGGGCAAUACCCAAGCAGCUUUCCAUGCAACUGAGCCAAGAAUUCUUGAUAGCGAGCACAGAUAUUUGACUAAUCUUCCUGUAUCGGGCAUCCCCGAUCAUUCUGUAGCUCCAUUUGGUAUAGGACUUCCCAGAUAUGAAACCAGCAGCCAACAAAGAUCAAGACCAUAUGUACAUCACCAUCCCCUAGUCCACAGGCCCACACCUCGCAACGGAAGCAAUCUGGUGGCACCAUUAGGGUCAGUUCCAGCUGUUAUGGGCGAGACUAGAGGCCAUGGUCAUGGUGCGAGGGGCCAUAUGUAUCAACAUUCGAUGCACGCCUCAAUGCAGGGCAGUCCUUUCCCUCCUACAGCUAGGAGGGUCAGGCCGAGGGCUUUGACAAUCACGUCUUUCAUUGCAGCAGCAGCAGCGUCGUCGGCUGAGGUUGGAGUGCUCCAUGGAUUUGCUCCACCCGCAGCUGUGAACAGGAGCCUUCCCUCUGAUGGUGAAGGUGUCUCUAGACCACCCGUCGAUCGACCAUAUGCGUGGGGCCGGGAGGGUUUUGGGCCAUUCCCAUGGGUCCCUGUCGACGGCGAGCCUCACUGGUGGAGCACGUUCAAUCCGAUGCAGAACCAUACACAUGGAGGUUUCACCCGAAGACCUGCUCCCGGGGAGCGGAUACCGCAGAGCCACCCGGACAAUGUUUACCAGCCUGUGCCUCCCCAGAGGAUGCCGCCAUUCUUGUGAAGAAAGACCAUUUCUCCCAUCACUGUGUAUAUCGUUUCGAGAGAGGCCGAGUUUAGACUGUUGAAGGGAACCCGAAACGAUGCCACUGGCGUGUGCCUGGUGUUUUUAGGGUUCUCUUGCCAGCGGACCUGGAUUUCGUUCAAAUGGCUGUGGUGACUUAUGAGAUCGCGAAUGUUGCGGUGGUCGGAACUGUGUGUAAACGUUUGCCGAAACUGCUGCCGUUGGACAUGAUUGUGAUGCCAUUACUCAUUGCCGCAGUUGUUUGUCUCAA